AUGGACGGACGCGACCGAUCAAGAAGAUACGAAGAUGGCGAAGUGACACGCUAUGGAGCGGGAGAAUCCUAUCGGCCAUUCAACCGCGACCGCUCCCCUCGCCGGCCGCCCAGGAGUCCCUUGAUGCGCGGCGACCGCGACAGGCCGCCUAGGAGCCCGCCCGCCGACAGCUACGUGCCGCCGCCACGCCGCCACCAGCGCUCCCGCAGCCCCGACCGGUUCCGCGGCGGCGGCGGAGGUGGCGGUGGUCUCGGCCACGGACACGGGGACCCAAAGCCCAGCCAGGCAGACUGCUGGAGGAGGCGGGAUGAUAGCCGCGGAAGGGCGAGGAGUCCGCUGCCCAGGCGGAGUCCGCCGCCGAGGAGGAGCCCCAUCAGGAGGAGCCCGCUGCCUAGGUAUGGUGGCAGUCCCAGGAGGAUGGAUAGCCGCGCGAGGAGUCCGCCGAGGAGGGACUAUGAUGGACCAAGGCGAAGAUCUCGUUCCCCGAUCGACCGCAUGCGCCGCUCUCGUUCCCCAGUUCGCCGCAGCCCAAUCCCACCACCACCACGCUCUUACCGCCCACCACGGUCUCGCAGCCCUCCGAGAGGUGACGACCGCUACAUAGGGCCAGCAUCUCGCAACAACAACAACAACAACCGCUCUCCACCCCAUCAUUUCAAUUUGGGCAACAACGCGAGGGAUUCAAACCUGUCCUCUCGCUCCGCUUCGGGUCGAUCCUCGCCGCAUCCCAACACAGUCCGCCGAGGUGAUAGAUCCAUCCCGCAGAGUCCUCUUUCGCGCUCGCCGGCAUUCGUAUCCAGCGCCAACGCCAUACCUGUUGUUCAAGUGCGGGAUCGCGACCGUGCGACAGAGAAACCCCCGCCGCCGCCACCGGCCACCUCUGAAUCCAGUGCCGCCCCGGCCGCCACUCCUGCCGCUGCUGCUGCUGCUGCUGCUGCGCCUGCAGCUCCCCAGCCUGAGCGUUCACAGCCUGAACGUUCACAGUCGGCGGCCACUACACAGGCGUCAACGCCAACACAAGCACCAGCACCGGCACAGGCACCGGCCCCCCCGGCGCCCGCACCAAAGUCACCUCCUCGAGGCCCGGCGGCUCUCCGCGGCGCACCGCCGACAGGACCGAGAGAAAACAGGAAGCCUUCGCUGGCAACAUCGACCCCGGCGCGCCAGUCCGCCUCGCCGGCUGUCGCCUCCAACGUGAACCGGAUCGACGCUCCCUCACCCACGGCUCCGCCCUCAGGCCCUCGUGGUGCCCGCGGAGGACCGUAUUCAGGCCGCGGUCGAGGCGGCGGCUGGGGCACAUCCAUGCCCGCCCGACAAUCCUCAAACCCGGCAUCACUGGGAAGCGGAGGAUCUGCAGGCGGAUCCGGUGCCGCGGGAGGUGCGGGAGGAUCUUCAGCUCCGACGGGUGCCAAUAGCAUCCCCACAGGCCCUCGCUCGACGUCGACAACCGCCACCACCUCACCCGCCCUAGCCAGCAGACCCUUCAACCCACCGACCGGCCCAUCGUUCCAGCAACAGCAAACCCAACCCCCGACCGCCCCACAGCAACAGCAACAACAACCCCAGCAGCAGCAGCAGCAGCAACAACAGCAGCAGCAGCAGCAACCCCCCGCGCCGCCGCCGCCACCGCCACAACGCACGCUGGCGCAGCAGAUCAUGAGCACGAUGCCGCUUAUAAUCCCGCACAAUAGCAAGCUGGACCCGCAGUCGGCGUGCCUUGUCAGCGGCGUGGUCAAGGAGCUGGAGCCGCACCACCGCCGGCUCCGCGAGGACGAGGAGCGCCUGCGCGACGAGCUCAAGGCCAAGGAGGAACGCCUGCGCAAGAGCCUGCGCGUCUACGAGCGGCUCGAGCGCGAGGCCCAGACCCACGCCCUCCGGUCCGAGCUCACGCAAAAGAGCCUGGACGAGCUGGGCGGGGGCAGGGCCGGCGGUGUUGCGUUUUAG